AUGACUCGUGAGCUUCCCUGUAUACUCAUCCUGAGUAUUUUAUUAGUAAUAGUAAAUGGGUCAACAACAUCUAGUAAGCCUAACAUAUUAAUCAUUCUAAUUGAUGAUAUGGGCAUGAAUGAUGUAAGUUUCCAUGGCUCCAACCAAAUCCUUACUCCCAAUAUUGAUGCUUUGGCUUACAAUGGAGUAUUACUAAACAAACAUUAUGUUCCCAAUUUGUGCACUCCCUCAAGGGCCACCCUUUUGACUGGAAAAUAUCCCAUACAUACGGGAAUGCAGCACUGGGUUAUCAUCACCGAUGAGCCCUGGGGGCUUCCGAAAAAAGAGCGUCUUAUGCCGGAACUAUUCCGUGAGGCAGGCUACUCCACGCACCUGGUGGGCAAGUGGCACCUGGGCUUCUGGCGGCAGGAUCUUACCCCCACAAUGCGAGGAUUUGAUCAUCACUAUGGCUACUACAAUGGCUACAUUGACUACUACGAUCACCAGGUGCGAUUGCUGGGCAAAAACUAUUCGCCAGGACUCGACUUCCGCAAGGAUUUUGAACCCAAUCCUAAGGCCAAUGGAACCUAUGCCACGGAGGCCUUUACGUCGGAAGCCAAAAGGAUAAUCGAAAAACAUGACAAGAGUAAGCCGCUUUUUAUGGUUCUCAGCCAUUUAGCAGUACAUACAGGGAAUGAGGAUAAUCCCAUGCAGGCUCCUGAGGAAGAAGUGGCCAAGUUUUUGCAUAUCAAGGACCCCAAAAGAAGAACCUAUGCGGGUAUGAUCUCCAGCCUGGAUAAGAGUGUGGGUCAAACUAUCCGAGCCCUAAAGGACAAUGACAUGUUAAACAACACCAUAGUUUUGCUUUACUCGGACAAUGGAGCUCCCACUGUGGGUAUUCACUCCAAUGCAGGAUCCAAUUAUCCCUAUCGAGGACAAAAAGAAUCUCCCUGGGAGGGUGGCAUUCGAUCGGUUGGUGCCUUGUGGAGUCCUUUGUUAAAAAAGCAAGGGUACGUGUCCAACCAGGCGAUCCAUGCCAUCGACUGGCUUCCCACAUUGGCAGCAGCUGCUGGAGUAUCGUUGCCCCAGGAUCUGCAGCUCGAUGGAAAAAAUCUCUGGCCAUCGUUGAGUGAAAAGGCAGAACCCAAGCCUCGGAAGUUUAUUCAUGUUCUGGACGAGGUAUUCGGCUACUCCUCGUAUAUGAGUGACACUCUCAAGUAUGUGAAUGGAACCAGCUUCGCAGGACAAUACGAUUACUGGUUGGGUGAUCUGGAAGCCAAUGAAGACGAUCCCUUGAGUGGAAUUUAUGAAGAACAGGUCUUGGCAUCGGAGGUGCAGAGUGUCUUGGGCUCCCACAGUCUAACGGGGGACCAAAUCCUUCAGAUGAGAAGCGAAGCCACCCAGAAGUGUCCAGCAAUUGAGGGCCAGGAUCCUCUGCAACCGCAUUACAGGUGUGAGCCCCUUGUGGCUCCCUGCUUUUUCGAUUUAGCCCAAGAUCCUUGUGAGCGAUACAACCUGGCCCAGUUGUAUCCUCUCAAGUUGGACCAACUCCGUCAGGAGGUGGAGGAAUUCCGCCGGACAGCUAUUCCCAGUGCUCGAGUACCCUUUUCCGAUGAAAGAGCGGAUCCCAUAUUUCACAAUGGCAACUGGGAGUGGUGGAAUAAUACGGGAAGUGAUUCAAGUGCAGGCACCUGUUCACGGAAUCUGUGGAUUAUCCUAGGAAGUGUUGUAGCUUUAGUCUUUAUGAAUCGUUUUUAGGGGUAAG